AUUCAUGAAAAAAUUAGAAACCAUGUGAAGUCGGCCACUAAUCGAAGGAAGACGGCCACAAUCAUUUGAGUCGUAUGAUUUGAUGAAAUGAUCCAAAGAUUAACGUUAUGAAGUAAAUAUAUGUAUUCACACCGAUAAGAAGUGGUCAAGUAUUCCGAGAAAAAUCACGUGGUACGUGAAAAACAAAUUGUUAAAAAUGAUUCUUCGAAAAAGAAUUUGGCCUCGUACUUUAAGUGAUUUCUUUUCCAUGAUUUUUAUAUUGAUUAUCGUGCCUCUGUUAUAUUGGUUCGAAUUAUGGGUGGUAUUACCGGCAAUACACGAAUACGCAACUUUAUUAUUUAUUUUACAUUUUAUCUUUGGAAAUUUUAUAAUGUUAAAUAUUGUUGGAAAUUUCACAUAUACAAUUUUCUGUGAUACCAGCACUAGAAGAGAUAUUAUGCCAAUAAGUGCUGCAAAUACUAGAGACGGUUGGAGGUUAUGUGCUUCUUGUGAAACCCUUGCACCUCCACGUUCGUGGCAUUGCCCAACGUGUAACGUUUGCAUUUUAAAGAGGGACCAUCAUUGUAUUUUUACUGGAUGUUGUAUCGGUCAUUACAAUCACCGAUAUUUUGUCAUGUUUCUUUUGCAUUUAUUUAUAGCAACAGUGUAUAGCUUUUAUUUGAACAAUUUGUUCAUUUGGGAUAGGAUACAUUUUGAAUUUCCUAUGUCCAUAAUCAAAAUUAUUUUUCCUUUAGCUAUAUUUGUUUUUGGGUUCGAUGGUUCUAUUGACCAAUUUUAUCUACUUUUAUACAUUGUAUCUACAGUAGGAAUGUUGUACACCGGGGUUUUAUGCAUUUAUCAUUUCUGUCUAAUAUUUAAUGGUAACGUAGCAAAUGAAAGUAAUAAAAAAAUAUGUACAUAUAAUUUAGGUUGGAAACAAAAUAUAAAGGAAGUAUUCGGUGAUCGUUGGUAUUUAGCACUGAUAAUUCCUUAUGUAAAAUCUCAGUUACCACAUAAUGGUGUAAUAUGGGAUACAUCAAGUUCAUGGCAAUAUAUCAAUCGUAAGAGUAAAUAAUGCAUUUCUUUAUAAAAAAUAUAUACAUAUAAAUGAACAACACAAAUACAUGAAUGAAGUAAAACAAUUUUUAGGAUGGAGGAAACAAAAUAAAUUUUGUAAGGUUCAUCAAGCUUAUUAUUAUUAUUUACAAAAAUAUAAAUUUAAAUACACAUGUAUUGAUUAACUAAUAUUUAUUAUUGAAUAAGUCAUAUAAAUGUGAAGAAUUAUUACAAAAGAUAUGUCUUAGCACAUUACUGAAAGAAUUUAAUUUUAAUAUUCACAAAGAAAGCUCAAUUUAAUAAAAAAAUGUGAAAUUUGUUCUUAUUACAUAUAAAUAUAAAUUUCAUUACUGUAAAUAGUUUCAAUAAAUAUUAUGUAUAAUGCAUUGUACAUUGAUAAGACUAGUUUAAAACCACUAUAAGUGUAUGAUAUAAUACAAUAAACUUAAAUGUUUUUUUUUGUAUAUUUUCCAUUUGAAUGCAAUAAUCUUAAAUAUACAAUGUCUGUAUUGAGCACUGAAACGUUAUAUCUACAAGUAAAUGCUAAGUUACAAAAAAAGUUUGAGUAAAAAGAAAUUACUUGUACUUUACUAAUUAAAAUAUAAGCAAAAUAAAUAUACACUACUAUGUUUUACAUGGAACAACUAUAGUCAACAUAGUUAAGAAAACAGUUAAAGCUAUGUAUCUAUCAACACUACAGUCAUGUAUAAAAGAAAGGCAAUCUAUUAAAAAAGAACAAAAUAUGUACAAUACAAUCGUAUCUCGAUCACAUUCUUAUUCGGUUCUGUUGUACGUAUGUUUUCCAAAAUUCACAAGUUUCAGUUAAUGAAAAUAAAAAUUACACUUUACCAAGCAAGCUGA